UAGUGACUAUGUUAGCAUUUUUCAAACGUGUUGUUCAAUUUUCACCAUUAUGGAGAUAUUUUUGUGUCACCCUUCAAGCGUAGGAAAAAAAAUCGUUGACAUUAAAUUUUAGCUUAACUAUGAGAGAUUAAUGGAUUAUAUCCACACGAUUUAUUGAUAGAAUCUUUGUUAAGAGUUCAUAAAAGUUGUUAAUUAUCCUUUAUAUUGUUAUAAUAAUUGUUUUUAGUUUAAUUUUCUGGUUGGAAUAGGUUCAAAAAGGGUUAUAACUUUCUAUAGAAGUCAUUAUGGCUGAAACGGUUGAAGAUCCAUUAAUAAGUCACAUAUAUAGUAAGUUCGGUAGUAAUGGUACAGAAUUAAAAUCUGAUUCAGGAAUUCUAUCGAAUCAAAGUUUAUCUACUACUAAUAUUGAUACAAGUCUUAAUCCAAAUAUAACUUAUGAUACAACAGAUAAUAUAAAUAAUCAAAAAUUACGUAGAGUAAGUCGACCUCCUACAUUAAGAAUCAUUCCUCCAUUAAAUUUUUGUCCUGUUGAAAAACAACUCUAUAGAUCGGGUCAACCAUCUAUAAUAAAUCAAUCAUUUCUACAGGAAUUGAAUUUAAAAACUAUUGUAUGGCUUGCCAAUGAAGAACCAAAUGAUGAUUUUCUUGAAUUUUGUCAAUUUAAUAAUAUAAAUAUUGAAUUUGUAGGAAUCAUUAACGAAUAUUAUGAUCAUGAUAAUAAUAAUACCCCAAAUCAUAUAGCUGUUAAUCCUUGGGAUUCACUUAAUGAGUCAACUAUAAAGAAAGCAUUAGAAAUCAUAUUGAAUAAAGAAAAUUAUCCACUAUUAACUUGUUGUGGAAUGGGAAGGCAUAGAACAGGAACAGUUAUUGGAUGUCUAAGACGUUUACAAGGUUGGAAUUUAGCCAGUGUUUCAGAAGAAUAUAGAAGAUUUACAGGAGCUAGAGGUGGUAGAAUCUUGGUAGAAUUAUUAAUCGAAAGUUUUGAUAUUACUAGUGUAGAUAUAGAUUCUACUAAGGCACCGGAUUGGCUAGAUAUUUAAUAAUAUAGUCAUAAGCUUAUUGUUAAUACAAGUACAUUUCAUUUCUUCUGGAUACCUUAUAUAAUUACAAACUAUAUAUAUGCAUAUAUAUUUCAUCUGAUUGCAUAGUAUAAUUCUUCUUCUCCUAGUAUUAAUAAUUUAAAACAUUUCCCCGGCUAUAAUACAGUAUAACACGUAAAAAUCCCGGCCAUUCACCGAAGUGUCAACCUUAGUGCAACUAUACAACUCCGCUUCAUGAAAGUUGCUAAUUGGGUUAGGUUGGGUUGGGUGUGUACAUAAGGCUGAUACCGUGCCAAAGUACACGACUCCGAUUGCCCCCCUUAGAUAUCCUUUAUCGUUUAUACUAAAGUCAUUCAUCAUUUAAUUAUGAAGACCUAUACUAAUUCUUACAG